GACUAGAGGACUGACCAGGAAGUGAUGUUAGAAACAAUCAAUACGGACUUCAGUUUUGAUUUAAAAGCACGGGGAUUAGAUGGUGGAUAGAAGAGGAGAAAAGAUUACAAGAAAGUUUGAUUUUGUUAGUUUCUUCCAAAUGGGCAAAUCUUGGGAGUGAGGCUGUCAUGAAGGAUCCAUUAGUUAGGUAAAGCUACAGGGUAGUGAAAUUUGGGAGAAAAGGGGUAGAGCAGUUGACUUUGAGUAGGAGAAGGGACAUCUUAAGCUUGACGUCACAGAGAUGAAGAUGGAUGUGGUGGUAAAAAGUGGAAGACAAUGGUAGUUUUUAAAACAGCAGGACAAGUACUGAGUAGGAGUCUUGAGGAGAGUGGAAAAGCAGCUUCUGGGAGUGAGAGUUCUGAGAAGAAGGCUCAGGGUCCCAAAGGUGGUGGCAGUGCAGUAAAGGUUAGACACAUUCUGUGUGAAAAACAUGGAAAAAUCUUGGAAGCCAUGGAAAAGUUAAAGUCUGGAAUGAAAUUCAAUGAAGUGGCUGCACAAUAUAGUGAAGAUAAAGCCAGGCAAGGGGGUGACUUGGGUUGGAUGACCAGAGGGUCCAUGGUGGGACCAUUUCAAGAAGCAGCAUUCGCCUUGCCUAUAAGUGUGCUGGAUAAGCCUGUGUUUACAGACCCUCCAGUAAAGACAAAAUUUGGGUAUCAUAUUAUAAUGGUUGAAGGGAGAAAAUAAAAUUGUAUGAAAGACUA